AUACAGGGUAUACAGGGUAUACCGCGUAUACAUGGGUAUACAUGGGUAUACAGGGUAUGUAUGGGUAUACAUGGGAUCACAUGGGUAGUGUAUACAGGGUAUACAUGGGUAUACAGGGUAUACAUGUGUACACAGGGUAUACACUGGCAUACAGGGUAUACAGGGUAUACAUGGGUGUACAGGGUAUACAUGGGUAUACAGGGUAUACAGGGUAUACAUGGGUAUACAGGGUAUACAGGGUAUGCAUGGGUAUACAAGGUAUACAUGGGCAGGGUUUGAGCCAGGCCGCGCCAUUGCGCCAAUCCCGCACUGCAAUUGGAAUUGUCCCUUUAAAAAACGGCCAAGGCGACAAUUUUUCCCCUUCAAAAUUUAGGGAAAAAACUCCAAAGGAAGCACACACGAAGAGAUUUAUUUCAGUACUGAGACUGCAAGCUGAAACAGAACGUGGAAAGUAUAUUUUAUCGCACCUUUAAAGUUCAUUCCAAAGUUACGCUUCAGUCACACUCUACUGCUAUUUUUGUCGGAAAUCUAAGACAGGGCUUCUGAUUCUUCGCGCGGUCGCGGAGCCGCGAAAUUCACAAAAACACGAAAAAUACCGCGAAAUUCGGUAGAAAUCUUAUUAAAUACAUGUCUGUAAAACAUAUUUGAAACUUAUAUUUCAGCUAUAGGGGCUAUUUACUUGCCGUAAACUUGCAAAUUUAUCUUGGAACUUCGUCACUGAAACGUGCAAACAGAUUAUGUUGCGAAAAACUGGGCACUAGCCAUGAUGUUAAAGGCUUUGCCAUCGGUUCAUUUCUGGAGCGUAUUGUUGUUGAAAGAGCAAAUGAUGAGCUCUGUUAGAAAAACGUUAAAAAGGCUGGUCUGAUCAGCGCAAAACCGAUCGAUUUCUAACGAAAUUUGCCUUUAAAAUGACCACAAAAUCGGCCGUUUUUUACCGAUUGCUUUUCGGUGAAGUUUGCCCCGAAAACUCCCGCGCAAUCUGCCGAUUUUUCCGCGAAUUUGUCCCUAAAAAUCCCGCGAAAUUUGACUUUUUCUUCCGAGACCUAUCAGAAGCCCUGCUAAGAAGACAAACCCCUUUGCAUCAGCAGAAGGGUGUACAAAUUUCUGUCCCCCUAAAAAUGAAAAUGUCCCCCAAAAAUUUAGCCAAGGGGACAAAUUGUCCCCCAGUGAUCAAAUCCUAGCUCAAACCCUGUACAUGGGUAGACAGGGUAUAUAUGGGUAUACAGGGUAUACAUGGGUAUACAUGGGUAUACAGGGUAUACAUGGGCAUACAGGGUAUACAGGGUAUACAUGGGUAUACGGGGUAUACAGGGUAUACAUGGGUAUACAGGGUAUACAGGGUAUACAUGGGUGUACAGGGUAUACAGGGUAUACAUGGGUAUACAGGGUAUACAGGGUAUACAUGGGUAUACGGGGUAUACAGGGUAUACAUGGGUAUACAGGGUAUACAGGGUAUACAUGGGUGUACAGGGUAUACAGGGUAUACAGGGUAUACAUGGGUAGACAGGGUAUACAGGAUAUACAUGGGUAUACAGUGUAUACAGGGUAUACAUGGGUAUACAGGGUUUACAGGGUAUACAUGGGUAUACAGGGUAUACAGGGUAUACAUGGUAUACAUGGGUAUACAAGGUUUACAGGGUAUACAUGGGUAUACAAGGUAUACAGGGUAUACAUGGGUACACAGGGUAUACAUGAGUAUGGACAUUCUGUUUGUUUGUUUUUUUUGUUUUAUAUUAAAGCUUUUGCAAUACUGUAACUACAUAAUUAUAGUCAUGCAAAUAAAGCUUAUGUUGUUGUUGUUGUAUUACCAUUAUAUGAAACAGUAGGUCUCUUUGGCGUAAGCGUAACAUGAAAGAGUAACCAAGGUAUUUAAGCACCGCUGGAAGAUGGCGAAUUCGUCAUUACCACGGUCUAUUUUAUAUCUUACUGUUAAAAAUACAAUUAUUUAAUAAUUUUGACCCGGGGGGGGGGGACUCCCAUUUGAAACAGACGGGGAUGCUCGUCGUCUCGCUUAGGGGUAUAAAUUUUGGAUUUUGGUCUCGCUUAGGGUGUUCCGGGCAAAGCGCCAAUAUUUUAAGCCUCCAGGGUCUCGUUUAGGGUUCCGCGAAGAACUUGAGAUGUAUGACGAUGCUUUUAAAAACUACGUUGCGAUAAAAGCAUUCGAUGAUUAUGUCUUUAUAUCAUUAAAACUCAUUGCAUGUCGUAUUUGUGUGUUUUUAAGCGGUCUCUUUUAGGGGUCAAAAUUUGCCUAAGCCACGCCCAGAUUGGUCUCCGUUAGGGGUCACUAAAAGCUUGAGCCACGCCCAGAUGGUCUCCUUUAGGGGUUAAAUUCAAAAUUUCCGACGAGCAUCCCCGUCUGUUUCAUAUGGGAGUCCCCCGCCCCCGGGAAUUUUGACUACGUAAUGAUAAUGGAACUCUCAGCUGCCGUGCAGCAAUAAAAACACCUGCACUCAAUCAUCACACAUAAAAUUCUCUUAUUAUGGAUGGCCUCAACGAGCGGGCGAAAUGAAGCAAAUCUUGUAUUUUGAUUGGCUACCUAAGGAAGUAAUCCGCUCGGGAUUUCCCGUAACGUUCCCGUAAGAAAAAUUUUCUUUCGUCUAUCUAAGAAUUCCUCGACCAAAUUUGUUCGGUCAAGAUGGCAAGAAAUUGAACUUGUUCUUUUAAUGCGUUUCAUGGACUGAGAGUGAGUAAAGUAGCCCUUCAUCUCUGCGUGCAUCCUCAGAGGCAGAGGGGAAGAAAGCAAAUUAAAAAAAGAGGCGGCAAAGAUGAUGUUUUUCCGCUGCAGAUUUGGACUAUUUUUCACAUCACCAUCACUGACAGUGUCUCAAAAGAGGGAUAAAUCCAUAAAGACCAUCACAUAUGGGUUCGAUUAAUACGCUAACCUAGUUAACAGUUCAUACAGCAUUUUAACAACUCUCUGUCUAGCGCUAUCAUAUUUCUCUAUCAAAAAUAAUAAAUAAAUCAUAAAUAAAUAUUUCUCUAUCAUAAAUUCUUCUUUUUCACUUAUUAUAGACACACGCAGCGUCUUCUAUGAAGUAGCGGGUACUAAAAUGAACUGGACCGCCGCAUCGUUGGACUGUCGACUAGCAAAGAUUAGCAAUACUGAUGAACUUUGCGACGCCCAAACUGAAAUUCGAACACAAGAUGAUGACGUCAACUUCUGGACGGCUCUUAAAGUGGAAAAUGGAAGCUACCUCUGGGGCAAUCAGCCGGUCGACCGUUUGAACUCACAUGCGCUCCUUGAUGAAACGGAGUCAGGGAACUGCUAUGUAAUAAGUAGAGACACAAUAAAACUGAAGUCAAAGGACUGUAACGAAGUAAAGAUGGGUCUUUGUUAUCACGACUCGCAAGGUUUGUCCGAGUCAUUGUAGCUUCCUUAUAAUACCUGCAUGGAUAAACUAAGAAACUUCGGUAGGACAGCAUUUUUAUGUACCCAAAUCUUUUCCUAGUUGAACAAGAAAAAAUUUGCUUCCUGAAAUCUGAAAACAAGAAAAUAUAGCCUAAGAAAACAGCUGUCAUUUCGAGACGCCACCAGAGAUUUCCCAGCGGGGAAACCAGUAAUGACGUCGAGAAAUGUCAGCUGUUUUCAGUCUCAGGCCAGUAGAGGAAAUAGUGCUUUUAAAUCAAGUUAAAAACACAUUGAUGACCUCAACAAACGUUCCGUGGUUUAAUCACACUGAUAGUGAAAAAAAAAGUUUCCUACUUUAAUGCAUACAUACACAAUCCUUUUCACGUUUCGCAUUUUUUCGAAAACAAGUAGGACAAGGUUAAGUUAAUAAAACAAGUAUAAUUCAAAUAAAAUUUGUUUGCAGACAAUUCCACUCCGAGGCCCGAAACGUACAGUGAUGAAUGUAUUAAAUACAAGGUAUGUUUCUAUCCGAAGUUCACAUAAUAAUUUUGGAUGAAAUGAGGUUUUAUCUCUUUGGAAAAUGUGAUACGAAGCUAAAUUUGUAUGAUAUGAUUUUUAAAUUGCAGCUUUCUAGCUGCUUGAAGGAGAGUAUAAAUUAUUCGCAAUGGAAGGUAAGGACGUUAUUUAUUUUUGUGCUUUUCCUACAACCACAAAACGGCCAUUUCCAAGAAAAAUGAGAGUUGCUCAAUGAUUUUGUUGACAGAACUUGAACUGCAGGUGGUCAGGUGGUGGCAAAUGCGAGUGGAAACUGCGAGUGGAAACUGAGAGCAUGGACUGCUGUGAGGUGUACUGCAAAUAUGACCAAACAUACGCAGUGGAUUCAGGGAAACCAGACAUAAGUGAGUUUCUUUCUGACUCAUACUUUAUGGUAAUUGGAUGAAGAAGUAUAUUAAUGAACCUAAUCAACCUGACGUUUGCUUCUUCCGACAUUAUUGAUUGAUUGAUUGAUCGAUUUUUGUCGCCUUUUCCGUUAUGAAAGUCCUUAUCGUUUCAUUUAAAUCUCUAUUUUCGAAAGAAGUGGCAAAUAUCAGAGCUGUAAGCUGGCUUUACAAGCAAAUUGUCAAAACCCUCUUUCUUCACGAGCAAUUAAAACCUUUUUUCCUGAACCUUAUCAACAGGUGUUAAAGCGAGAAAGGUUCAAAAGGAAUGGUCACAAAAAGUAGAAAUUGGAUUUAAUACAAGCGAGAAAAUUACAAUAACACACAGGCUGUUUAAUGAUACAGGUUGGUAAUGCGUUUGUAUACCUUUAUAUAUACAGUCAUAGAAUACUUGACAUUGAUUUGAUUCAGUAGAAAUCGAAAAUAAGAUCAUAGUUCUGAAUCAAGUAUCGUUGUUACUUAAGCUAGAGUUUUAAAGUAUGCAGAAAAUAUGAGAAAGCGGAAUCAUAUAUUAACUACUCAGCCUGGGCCAGGCUCUGCAGUUGGGAAAGGGCGAAAAAAAAAAAAUCGUCAAGCGAAACGAGCUGAGCGCUCGGCUCGCUUCGCUCGCCGCCAAAUGUUUUUGUACUGUUUCAAUACUUUUUUUGCCAUUUUUUCCCACAACGGAGCCUAGUCCCAGGAUAAUAACUACUUAGAUGUUACAUGUAAAUGGUUUAUAACAUAUUUCUGUUUGAAUUAAUUAUUAUAUCAUUAGAGACAAUUGUCGUGGUUUCACUGCUUCCAUUGAAAGAUCAAGACUCAGUUUCGAGGCUAAAUAGCGGGUAAGGCCCACCAUCAAUACUGAAAUGAAGCUAACUUUUAACGAUUUAUUCCGCAGUCCUAUUUAAUACAAGUCAUGUUUCGUGCUAUUUGUACCAUCAUGCCCAACCCCUCUCCCUUUUUCCCUAUCUCCUACCCCUUUUGAUGCCUCCUACGCAGGCCACAUCAUGACAGGAAGUGAAGUCCAGUUGAGUCUUGAAAGGAUAGAGACGGCUGCUGAGAAAUAUCUGGGAAAAUGUCCCUAUCCUUCUAAUAUAUGGUUGUGUAACAAGCUAUAUCCCGUUCGUUAACAUUUGUUGAGUGAACGUAUUCUCCAUUUAUCCAGCAGUGACACUUUGGUUACCUCCGUUACUGGAGUGGUACUUAGUCCCCGCUUCAACAAGACGGUUCCAAAUUUGGUUAUCCUCGAGUUUACCCAUCCCAAGGUGAGCGGAUAAGAGAUCAUGUGAUCUCGUAAGUGAGAAAAUGUCUAAAAAGUACUUAACUUUGGUAACGAAGAGGGGGGAGGAUCAGAUAGUCACGUCCCCGUCGUCAAAAAUUGCACAUGGACGCUAUUUCAAAGUCGUUCGAACAACUACUUGCAUAUUGAGACUAUUCAGUUGCUUGUUCAAGCCCUGGGGAAGGGGAGAUACUCAAAGAGGUUUUAAACUGGGAGGCUCCGCCCGGAGGUCCAACCCUCUACCCUUUUAUACACCAUUUUUGACAGAAAAGGUACCUGUCAGUUCCUAUACCUUCUCUAACUGCCAAAUGGUUUAAUUCCUUUCAUAUAUACCUAGUUUAGAACGCUGCACCCCUUAAAAAUAUGAAUAUUAAUGAGUCAGUUAGUCUCAUUUUUCUUUUCGAUCGAGCUCGACAGUCUUUAAAGAGAAAAUAGAUGGUCUGUUAACAGGCUAUAGAACAAUGAACCAGGAAGUUUUUCUUGCCUAUCUUCACAGCCAUAAAACGCCCUUGUUAGACAUUUUAGGUCCCCGGCUCUACAGACCAAAAUGAGAAAUUUUACUACGAUCGAUAUGAAAAAAACUUAACCUUUCGAUGGAUUAAUGUCAUCUUUAUCCAAAUAUACUUCAACUCAUGAAAUCUCUUUUUGAUAAACCUAAGGCCAAAACAUGUACCCCUUUCGGUCGGAGCCUGCUUGUAUGGGCGUUGUAGGGAGUAUAUUUUUUGUUAAACAUUACUCCCGGGGGAUCUGAAGCCUAUAUACAAGCUGUACCAUUCUCUUUUCUAUGAAACGAGUCUUUUGAAUUAUCCUUAACGUCAAUUUUCUGAAACUUGCAUUCUUUUUGUUGAGGUCCUUCAAGAAAAAGUCAUAAGAAAAUGUGUCUUUUGGAAAGAGGACAUCUGGUAGGUGAAUUAGCUGCAGUUCCUUAGUUUUUCCUUGCGUCGUUUAAGUCGAUAAUUUUUUCCAUGUGCCUUCUAAUUAUAUCAGUUAGACCUGUCUGUCUCCUUGCAAAUUAUCAUUUCUUGUUACAAGAAAAUAUUCAACUUCAGCGUGUACACAAUGUAAAUUAAAAUCAAAUAGAAAGACUAACGGAAGGGAUUUUAUAAGGAUAGACUAACAAUAUAUUUCACAGGCCCCAGAGCUCCUCUUGAUUAUAGUCAGUUCUUGAAACUGAUCAUCUGAUAGCUCCUCUAUUGCUUUCCCUUAAAAGGACACCUAAUGGUUCGUGGUCAAGUGAAGGCUGUACCUUAUUGAACGAGUCAUCGACAGAGAGAACAGUUUGUAGCUGUAAUCAUCUGACAAACUUUGCUGUUUUGAUGCAGUAUAAACCUGUCCAGGUGAAUAUUUUUUGACGGAAUCAUUUCCUCGCUAGAUCCUCAGUGUUUCGAGAGCUUCUCAUUAUUUUUCGGAAAAUUGCUAGCCGUCAAAAUAGGGAUAGUGAUAAUCAUCAUAAUAAUAAUGACUUUAUAUAAAAAAAAACCUUUGGAAAAUCUGUACCCAAACUUUGUUGCGCAUGAUUAAAAAGCAGCUAACAUAACGACUGAUUAGGGAUGGGUCAAAAUGUAUGGGGGGGGGGGGGGGGGGGCGGAGUGGGCCGGAGCAUUUGGAAAUGUGGUUGAUAAAAAACACAUGACCCACCCCCUCCCUUCGGCACAAAAAUGACUGACCCACCCCUAAAGCAAGGUUGGAAAUUGCAUGACCUGCACCCCCUAGUUAAAACACGGAUGUUCCGGUUCCUCUUAAUAAUCCAAUAAAACCUUGUUCUGUGCUUGACAAAAUUUGUUGAUACACUGCUACAACCAAUAUCAAAAUCACAGAAAUCAUACCUUUCACUGAAAAGACAAAUGUGAAAAACCGAACAUUUCUUGUUUCAAUGGACGUUUAAAUGUGAGUCUUGACACAAAUGUACAGCAAAACGAGGGUAUAUUGAAAUUUUGUCACAAAGCAUAUGAAAAUUUCAACAAAGACAACCCAUUCCUACCCUACACAUUACUUGCCGGAAAUGCUUAGAUUAAUCCUCAAAGAAAAUUUCUUCCACUUCAGUGGAAAGCACUACCUACAAAACCAUGGAACUGCAAUGAGCACAAAGACAGCAGUUUUGUUUCCUUUGCCAAUGUUUUCAUGACAUAUAUUGAACAAGCAAGCUUACAUCACCCAACUAAUGAAUUCACGGUCGAAACAUUUGACACUGAGACUGCGUUUUUAGACACGGUUGUAUACAAAGGCACAAGAUUCAAGGAAAAAUUUAUCCUUGAUACAAAGACACAUUUUAAACAAACGGAAAGCUUCUUGCACACACAUUUCACCUCGUGUCACCCUCCAAAUGUUAAAAAAAGAAUUUGUCAAAGGAGAAGCCUUAAGAAUCCUACCAAAAAACUCUUCAGAAACAACCUUUGAGGAAAAUAAUUCAAAUUUAAAAAAAAAAACGCUUGAUGGCAUGGACGGAGGCUACCCACAAUCUUUCAGGGGCACCCAACGUCAAUUUUCGGAAAAUAUCUGUUCGAAAGACGAUUUGCGAUCUGGAAUUUUGGGAACAUUUGCUGUAAAACUUCUUGUUUGUCUGCCCCUCCUAGGAUUUUCGAACAUCUAAAAAAACGGUAUAAUUGCCUAUUUUUUGAUCCCUAUAAUUUUCGUAUCACUAGACUUUCAGCUAGGAGAUCCGAACAGAUGGAAAAUUUUUAGGGGAUAAAAAUAUGCCUAUAUCUACCGUUUAAAUUGGUUUUGAAGUAUAUUCUCGUUGGGUGCCCCCUAUCUUUGAUAGAAAACCUACUGUCAGAAAUAAAAUUCACAAAAGGAAGUCUAAACUCCUAAAACAAAGCAACAGGGAGGAAAAAGAAAUAUUGCCAUUCGUGACACAAUACCAGCCCUCAGUGUCUACUAUAAAGAAGCUUGAAUGAAAAAAUGGAACCUUAUACAAAACCAACUAUAACUUCAAUAAAUUUUUAAAGAACCACCAAUCAUUUCCUUACAAAAAAGAAGAAAAACGGUUCACAGAGGGUUCCACGCCCGCAUAGAUGUGCGGCCUGUCAACCUUUGUCUUUUCUCGCACAACAGGAUUGUGAGUAUUUUAGCCAUAAUUCCAGUGGGUUGUGUUUUAUAUAAUAAUUGUAGUCAACUGUCUCGUUAGUAGUUAGUAAAAAAUAGGGUGACCCACCCCUUAAGGGUAGCUGAAAAUUGCACGACCCACCCCUUGCACAAGGCUCAAAACCUCAUGACCCACCCCCUCUCUGCUCCGGUCCACCCCCCUCUAUACUUUUUGACCAGUCCCUUAACAUUGAAACGAAGGAGAUUUGGUGCAUUGCCCUUAGCCCCAUCAGGUAACUAUUGAUAAAAUCAGAAACUGACACCGAAUAAAGAGGCUAUAAUAAGAGGAGAAUGUUUGCAAAUACUUAGACCUAAAUUAAGGAGACUACAUAGAACAUUUAGCUAUUAGGAAGGUUGCGCAUAAGUAAUAGAGAAACGAAGGACUAGGAAUGAAAGUAUAUUAUGGGUUUGCCUUUAUCAGUGAUAACACCCGCGUAUGUUGUGUUUAAUUAGAAUCCCAAAGAGCACGAGACAUAUCUGUCAAUCAUAACAUACAUAGGAUGUGCUUUGUCUCUCAUUGGAGAGGUUAUGGUCGUCAUUAUAUAUGUUGUGUUCAUGUAAGUAUUAUUCCCUUUUUCAUAGCGUGAAAUCAGAGAGAAAAUUAAAUGUAAUAGACUUAAACCAGCGUCAUCCGAUUGGCUUACGUAUCGCGGGCUUCCUCAAAUCUUUCUCCGUUUUCUGACUAUAUCCUUUAAAACAUUAUCGUGUAUAAUAGGACAGAAAAUGUUUCUUAAUAAAGUAAAAUAAAUGAACAUUUAAUAAAACACUGAGUACACUGUGGACACUAUACAUUCUCGGAUGGUGAUCCGUAUUACACUUAAUCCUGGAGAUUUGAGAUGGUAUCAUUCUCGUACAUAGUCGUUUUUGAUUAACAUUUUAUGCAGGAUAUGUAUCUUUUGUGGUCUUCUGCUUGUAGCCAAACAUUACAGUUGACAUUAUUUCAAUGAUAGAAAGGAAUCGACAUUAUUUUCGGCUUUAUUUGUAGGAAGUUUAGAGCUGAGGGGAUUCAGAUUCGGAUUAAUCUUGCUACAGCACUAUUCCUUGCACAAGUAGUUUUUCUCUCUGGGAUAAAUGCUACAAUUAAUCGGGUUAGUGUACAUUUAUAUCACCGUACGCAUUUAGUUUUGCAAUCAAAGCAGUUUUAAGCUCAUAUUAUCUACACUUUGCAGUUUUAAUAGUCAAUUGGUUGACAAAUAGCGACAUCUUCAAAAAAAGACAGAAGCUAAAGCAGUUAUUUUGCUUUCAACAUGACUUCCAUGCAAACCACUGCCUUAAAAUUAUGCACUGAUGGCAUGCUUUUUUAUCUUUUAUAGCUUGCGUGUGUGUCAGUUGCGGUUUUGCUUCACUACUUUUACUUAGCAUCGUUCGGCUGGAUGCUCUUAGAGGGAGUAUAUCUCUACAUCAUGGUGGUUGAGGUCUUUGCUAGCACAGUUAAAUUGCUGUACCUAUAUUUAUUUGCAUGGGGUAAGUUCGGCAGUUCUGUGCUUUUUACUUAGUUUUGUGUUUAUUUGUUCUAAAUUUCUGACACAAGAGUAUCCUUGCGCAAUUCAUGACAAACAGGCAACCAUAUUUCGAUCAUAUGAUGCAAUUUAUAGGAGAAAUAUUCUGUUAUAAUGCUAUCCACUUUUUUUGACGUAGUCCCCCAAAAUGCAGAGUUAAACGUUGUGCCGGGGUAUGAAGUCGGACACGCAGGUUUUUUACAAAUGUUUAAGGGACGACGUCUAAACAUUUACCAUUGUGCUUAUGUUUGUAAUACAAGACAUGCUGUUAGUUUCCUUGAAUGAUUAGCAAAUCGCUAAUUUUUUGAUAAUUUUUACUCGAUUGUUUGACAGGUUUCCCAGUCAUACCAGUUGUUAUAUCUCUCGUGGUUGGUUUUAAAGAUGGGGAAGGAUUGAAAUACUACACAAACGAACAUUUGUAAGACACUUAAAAUUAAUGUAAUUCAUUUUCACUUUUUGUAUCGUUUCCUGGUUAGGUUUGAACUUCAGUACUUUUGCAAAUUGUCACAUAUGACAUGUGACUAUGUGAAGGUAUUUGCAACAAUAAUCGAAUCUUUACUUCUUCUUUCAGUUGAGAUAAAUUACUACGAGCUUUCGUGUUGAGUUUUAAAAAGGUUACUGGCGCGAAAAGCUGAUAUUUACGGCUUAAGUGUAGUCGUGAAAAUUAGGUUUUUCGCGUAAAAUUGGUUGAUUGGUUUUAGCGCAGGAUGCAAAAGAUUUUCUAGUGCUUUGAACUAUUUAGCCAUGACUUUUUUGUUUGGUUUUGAUUUGUUUUUGUUUGUGAAGGCGUAUGUCGGCCGAGCGGGUAACACCUCAAACUCCAAGCCCCGCCCGUGGCAUCGUUCUCCUUAGACAAGGGACUUUACCACACUUUAGCUCUCUUUACCCAGGUGUAUAAAUGGGCACUGGCGACAUACUGCUGGGGGGUGACCCUGCGAUGGACUGACAGCCCGUCCAGGGGGACGGUGGCAAUACUCCUAGACAUGCUUCAUGCUAGGGAAACCAGGAUAAGCUCCGGCCUUUUGGGCCUUUGACUGGUGUGCGACUUUACCUGACGCUUAGUUUUUCUGCAGCUGUUGGUUGUCAUUCUCCAAGCAUUUGAGCUGGUUUUUUGUUGGUCCUGUGCUCCUUAUAAUGACUGUAAGUAUGCUGCAUGUAUGUUAUACCGGUAUCUUAAAUUUCAUGGCUACGAGCUAUCGAUGCUUCUAUCGAACAAAUGCACCGGCUUCUUAAAAGCGUGACCCUCACUUUCAGAAUGUUUUUACUGGCUGCAUCACUGAAUAAGGGCCCUUUAUCCUAAACUAUGCAGAAUUUUAAACUUCAGCAAUACAAUUCAGUUCCUCACCUGAUAUUUAUAUGAUUGACUACAAUAGUAUCUUUUUCGUAGACUGUCUUACGGAAAGUACUCGUUUGUCGUAAUGAUUCAUAAACGCUGCUGAUGCGAAACACCGUAUGAUCGUUUUCAGGUCAACUUUGUGAUACUCCUGGCAGUCUUACGAGAGAUAAGAAACUUGCAACAGCCCAAUCCAACUAGAUUGAAGGCUUUUAAGUAAGUUAAGUAAAUUAUAAGUAAUAAAGUUAUAUGCGGGACAUUGAAGUUACCUUUCUUUUCUUUGCCAUAAUGCCUAGAGCUUCGCCUACAACAUUCCUAAGAGCCUGGGAGGUGCCUUCCAACAGCACUCCACUGGGUAUUAAGUCACUUAAUAAUAGUUCACUUUAAAAUCAAAGGGAGAACUGCUGUCAUUAAUAAAAUGAAAUCGUGACAUUUGUCUAAUUUUUCUCUGUUUUGUUGUGUGACUAGGAAAAGCCUUAAGGCUUGUGUCAUUCUUUCACCUCUGCUUGGAGUAACCUGGAUGUUUGGUUUGUUGGCAGUCACUGACGCUGGAUUGGUUUUCCAAUAUAUCUUUACCAUUCUCAACUCUGCUCAGGUUUGUGUACUGUCACUCUGGCCCACACGUCGCCAAAAUAGCUAAAUAAUAAUCUUUGUUUUACUAUUCUGUGAGUGUUUAAGCUGGUCCUUUCAUUUGUCACUCUCUCAGAAAGUCACCUUUUUUAACAGGGUAUGGUUAUAUUUCUCUUGCAUGUCCUGAGGAACAGCGAAGUUCGAGCCUCGUUUCACCACAAGAUAUUGAGAUGGAGGUUCGAUAGACAUCCAGUCCGAGUCCACAAAACCUCCUCCCAAAAUACCAGCAGACGAGAAGAUGAUCCUAAAGCUAUUAACAAAAACAGACUCGAUACCCAGUCAGGAGAACAUUUUACUCUUCACCCUAGAAAUUCUGUCUCCUAA